AUGGCGGCGGCGGCCGCUGAGGCGGCGGAGGUGCGGCUGUCGCGGCAGGAGCGGGAGCUGCGCUGGCUGGCGGCGGAGGUCGGGCGGCUGAAGGAGCCGCAGGAGCCGCUGUGCCCCGGCAGCGCCAGCCCCGAGCUGCAGCGGCUGCGGGCCGAGAACGAGAAACUGCGCUACCGCCUGCUGCACCUGCGCCGCAGCCUGGCGGCCGAGCUGGGCCGGGCGGCGCCGGCGCAGCCCCCGGCCGGCGGAGAGAAAGUUUCCAGUGCAAGUCCAACUGAUGCAGUGGUUCAAAUUAAAGAGGAAAAGACUAAAGAAAAUGAAGCUGUGAACCAACACCAGAAUGAUCUCCAGUGCAUGCCAAGCUUCAUAGAAGACAGACUGAAGCUUUAUGAAGUACUGAAAAAAGAACAUGAUGCUUUGCUAGCUUACAGAGCAGCCAACCAGAGCAAAUCUAUCAAAAUUACUCUGACAGAUGGAGAGAUGGUUGAAGGGGAAUCUUGGAGAACCACGCCGUAUCAAUUAGCUGUAGGAAUUAGUCAAGUGUUGGCUUCAAAUGCAGUCAUAGCCAAAGUGAAUGGUGAACUCUGGGACCUGGACCGUCCUUGGAGGGAGAUUGUUUAUUGGCAUUCAAGUGCUCACAUUCUUGGAGAGGCCAUGGAAGGAUAUUUUGGGGGCUGCUUAUGCUAUGGACCACCAAUUGAGAAUGGAUUUCAUUAUGACAUGUAUAUUGAAGAUAGGUACAUUACUUCAAGAAGCCUUAAUGUUCCAGAGCUGCUCUAUUUUCAGCAGCAGAACUAUUUACAGUAA